AUGGUCCGAUCCCCCCCAUCCCGCUUAUCCCGAAUUCCUCGCUCGGUUAUGAUGGACUCGGGGAAAUCCUCUCUGUCUAGACUUGAUUUUGUAAUUGCUGGAAAGUGGAGACUUCUUCGGAGGCUCGGAGGAGGCUCUUUUGGAGACAUUUAUUUAGGCCAAAAUAUCGCAACUGGGGAAGAAGUUGCGGUUAAAAUGGAGGCAGUGAAUGCCAGGCACCCACAGUUACUAUACGAAAGUAAAAAUGCAAUCGCUGUCCCUCGAGUUCAUUGGUUCGGCUCUGAUGGUGUGCGAAAUCAUUACAGAGCUAUGGUAAUGGAUUUGCUAGGUCCCAGUUUAGAAGAUCUUUUUUCUUUUUGUGGCCGGCGCUUCACCCUCAAAACCGUGCUUAUGCUUGCCGAGCAGAUGCUUUGGCGCGUCGAAUAUGUUCAUUCAAAAAGCCUAAUUCACAGGGACAUAAAACCUGACAACUUUUUAAUGGGUAUUGGACAGCAUUGUAAUCGUGUAUUCAUGGUCGACUUUGGUCUCGCAAAGAAAUAUAGGUUUGUUAAGUUUUCUUAUAAUGCCCGAUGCAGAGAUCACAGAACGAAGAUUCACAUUCCAUAUAGAGAUGAUAAAAAUCUCACUGGAACCGCUCGAUAUGCUAGCAUAAAUGCACAUGCUGGAGUGGAGCAAUCUAGGAGAGAUGAUAUUGAGUCAUUGGGAUACGUCUUCAUGUAUUUCCUACGUGGUCAAUUGCCCUGGCAGGGCCUUCGUGGUAUUAUCAAAAAUGGUCAAGGGGUUAGGACCAUCCGUCAUAUCCUAUCGUGGGCACUUACGCUCGAUUGGCGGCCAGAAACCCUUAUCUUGCUGCUGCUGACAGCUUUACCUAUUAAUGCAGUUGGGGCUCAUUCUGGUGUGUCUGUAUUUGUCUAA